CUCCACCAUGGCUGCGACCUGGCGCUGACUAUGGACGGUCGGGGUGGGCCUCCCGGGCCCUAUCGGGCCACCAAGCUGUGGAAUGAAGUUACCACAUCUUUCAGAGCAGGAAUGCCUCUAAGAAAGCACAGGCAACACUUUAAAAAAUACGGUAAUUGUUUCACAGCAGGAGAAGCUGUGGAUUGGCUUUAUGACCUGUUAAGAAAUAACACCAAUUUUGGUCCUGAAGUUACAAGGCAACAGACUAUUCAGCUAUUGAGAAAGUUUCUUAAGAAUCAUGUAAUUGAAGAUAUCAAAGGCAGAUGGGGAUCUGAAAACCUUGAUGACAACAACCAGCUAUUCAGAUUUCCUCCAACUUCUCCACUUAAAAGUCUUCCACGAAGGCAUCCAGAAUUGAGAAAAAACAACAUAGAAAACUUUUCCAAAGAUAAAGAGAGCAUUUUUAAAUUACGCAACUUAUCUCGCAGAACUCCUAAGAAGCAUGGAUUACUUUACUCUCAGGAAAAUAUAGAGAAAAUAAAUCAUGAAAUAACCAGUGAAGAUCAAGAAAACCCUACAGAUAAUAGAGAAAUAAGACAAGAAGAUGUUGAAGAAGUUUGGAAAUAUAUUAUUCUGAUCUACCUACAAACUAUUUUAGGUGUGCCAUCUCUCGAAGAACUCAUAAAUCCAAACCAAAUAAUUCCUCAAUAUAUAAUGUACAACAUGGCUAACACAAGUAAGCAUGGAGUUGUUGUACUACAAGACAAAUCAGAUGACCUUCCUCACUGGGUAUUAUCUGCCAUGAAGUGCCUAGCAAAUUGGCCAAGAAGUAAUGAUACAAAUAAUCCAACUUAUGUUGGAUUUGAACGAGAUGUAUUCAAAACAAUUGCAGAUUACUUUCUAGAUCUCCCUGAACCUCUACUUACGUUUGAAUAUUAUGAAUUAUUUGUGAAUAUUUUGGUUGUUUGUGGCUACAUCACAGUUUCAGAUAGACCCAGUGGGAUACAUAAAAUCCAAGAUGAUCCACAGUCUUCAAAAAUCCUUCACUUAAACAGUUUGAAUUCCUUCAAAUCAACUGAGUGUCUUCUUCUCAGUCUGCUUCACAAAGACAAAAACAAAGAAGAAUCAGAUUCAACUGAGAAACUACAAAUAAGUGACCAAGAAUUUCAAGAAAGAUAUGCUAAGAAAAUGCAGCUAGUUAAUUUAAGAAAUAGAAGAGGCAAUACUAAUGACAUAAUGGGAGGAAGCUGCCAUAAUUUAAUAGGCCCUUUAAGUAGUAUGCAUGUUUUGUCCUCCAACAUCAAAACAAGGUGCUCUUCUUUGGAAGGAAUUGUAGAUGUGCCAGGGAACUCAAGAAAAAAGGUGUCCAAUGUCUUCCAUCACGCUCUUCUAAAAGUAGAAGAACAACAGCAUAAACAGUUUUUAGAGUUAAAUCCCAAACAAGAAUCCCUAUUAAAUCAUCAUUCAGAGGAAAAUAUUCAAAAGCCACUCUGUGUUGGUUUUAAAAGAACCUCUACUUUGACAGUUCAAGACCAAGAAGAGUUAUGUAAUGGGAAAUGCAAGUCAAAACAGCUUUGUAGAUCUCAGAGUUUGCUUUUAAGAAGUAGUACAAGACGGAAUAGUUAUAUCAAUAUGCCAGUGGCUGAAAUUAUCAUGAAACCAAAGUUCGGAAAGUGCAAUACAAGUGACCAAACAGCUAUGGAAAGUGGACUUGGAGAGUUUAGUACCACAAUCAAUAAAAGACUGUGCAAAAGUACAAUAGAACUUUCAGAAAAUUCUUUACCUCCAGCUUCUUCUGUGUUGACUGGCACACAAAGCAUGCUGCAACCUCACUUAGAGAGAAUUGCCAUCAACGCACUACAGUUAUGUUGUCUGUUACUCCCCCCGCCAAACCGUAGGAAACUUCAGCUCUUAAUGCACAUGAUAUCUCGAAUGAGUCAAAAUGUUGAUAUGCCCAGACUGCAUGAUGCAAUGGGUACAAGAUCACUGAUGAUACACACUUUUUCUCGGUGUGUACUGUGCUGUGCUGAAGAAGUGGAUCUUGAUGAGCUUCUUGCUGCAAGAUUAGUUUCUUUCUUAAUGGAUCAUCAUCAAGAAAUUCUCCAAGUACCCUCUUACUUACAGACUGCAGUGGAGAAACAUCUUGACUACUUAAAGAAGGGCUAUGUUAAAAGUCCUGGAGAGGAACUGGUUGCACCUUUGCCAACUUAUUCUUACUGUACGCAGAUUAGUACACAGGAGUUUGAUGAACAGAAGGUUUCUACCUCUCAAGCUGCAAUUGCAGAACUUUUAGAGACUAUUAUUAAAAACAAGAGUUUACCGGUAAAGGAGAAAAAAAGAAAACUGAAACAGUUUCAGAAGGAAUAUCCCUUGAUAUAUCAGAAAAGGUUUCCAACCACAGAGAGUGAAGCAGCACUUUUUGGUGACAAACCUACAAUCAAGCAACCAAUGCUGAGUUUAAGGAAACCAAAGUUGCGUAGUCUGAGAUAUUAAGAGGAUGAAAAGAAUUAUCUCAUGCUGGUGAAAUGCUGAGAAAUGAAGCCAUAUCUGAGAAUCUAGCUAGUUCAGGAAGUCUGUUACUAAUAAGGUUUCUUUAAUAAACAUGUACAGAAGUGCCAAAAUAGUUUUAUUACUCAACAUGAGACUUCAGAGCAGCUACUGGAUCUCAGCUGAGAGGACAUAACAAUAAAUAAUGAUACUUUAGACAGAAACAAUCUUUUUUAAAUACAAUUAUGCAGAAGUUACUGUGAUUGUACUAAGUUUUUAUUUAUUUGAAUUUUGAAAAUUAAGCAUGGUCAAGAUUAAGCUGUAAUCCUGUUUUUAAAACAAAAUUUAUCUGCACAUGUGAUUAUGGAUAUUAGCUAAAGAACUAGUUUCUUGUUUCUAAAUGUAAGAAUAUGAAAAAUAUUUGAAAGUUCAUUGAAUUCUCAGCUGCUAAA